AAUUUGGUGACUCAUAGAGAUGGAGGCAUAAUGAGUGGGUCUUGGAGGGGCCAGAGAGAGGCUGGAAUCAGUACAACACACCGGAAUACGCCGUUAAAAGUCGACAUUUUAAACCACUUUUCACGAUACACCUGCCUCAGAGAAGCUAAGCCCGCGUCGGUUGGGUUGGAGGCGCUCGUCCCAUCUUGUUCUGAGGAACGCGCACCGCUUUGUGACGAGAGAAGACGAACAGAACGCACCGCUGCGGCUCUGCUUCAUUUUGAGAAACUAUACAGACUGUUUGUGAUAGCUCGAGAAGAGGAGACGGAGACUCGUGAUAAUGACGGGCAAAUCUGUGAAAGACAUUGACCGAUACCAAUCUGUCCUCAACUCACUCCUGGCGCUGGACGAGAAUAAAUUCUGCGCGGACUGCGAAUCCAAAGGACCACGAUGGGCGUCUUGGAACCUCGGCGUGUUUGUGUGUAUCAGAUGUGCCGGGAUCCAUCGAAACCUGGGAGUUCACAUCUCCAAAGUCAAAUCUGUCAAUCUGGACCAGUGGACCGAAGAACAGGUCCAGUGUGUUCAGGAGAUGGGAAAUGCCAAGGCCAAACGUCUCUAUGAGGCUUUCCUUCCCGAGUGCUUCCAGCGCCCAGAGACCGACCAGUCAGCUGAGAUCUUUAUACGAGACAAGUACGAGAAGAAGAAGUACAUGGAUAAAGUCAUUGAUAUACAGAUGCUCAGGAAAGAAAAAAGCUGUGACAAUAUACCAAAGGAGCCAGUGGUGUUUGAGAAGAUGAAAUUGAAAAAAGAUACCAGCCCAAAAACGGAUUCUGAGGCGGUCACAGAUCUGCUCGGAUUAGACACUCCAAGUCCCUCUCUAUCAAAUGGUCAAAUGCCUAUUUCAGACAGUUUUGAGAGCCCAGCCUUAAACCACACAGGGUUAGAUCUUUUCAACUCUUUGCCAUUGUCCUCUUCCACUAAAACCACACCCGUCACCAGCUCUCUGCCACACAGCCGAGUGACUGCAUCAGUGCCUGAAAACCUCAGUCUGUUUUUAGAUCCAGCUCCAAAGAAAGAGGAGGUCAAGAAGCUCUCCAAGGACUCCAUUCUCUCCCUGUACGCAUCAACUCCCUCAGUGCACGCCAACAGCAUGGCCGCUCAUGGUUUGUACAUGAACCAGAUGGGAUAUGCAGCCCAGACUUUUGGCUCGUACCAUUCCUUGGUCCAGCAUGCGCCCAUGCCAGGGGGGAUGAUGCCAUCACAAAUGCCUCUGAUGGGACAACAGCAGAGCAGUAUGGUGGCAGCUCAGCAGAACAUGGGGCUGGGAGUUCAGAACAGCCUAAUAGGGCAACAGCAGCAUGGCCUUGUGGGUGCUCAGGGUGUCCUGCCUCAGUCAAACUCAGCUCCUCCUGGGUACAUGAGCGGGAUGGCCCCCGGCAUGGUGUCACAGCAGCACUGCGGCAUGAUGGGAGCUCAGCCGCAGAGCGGGGUAUUAGGGCAGCAGCAAAUGUACGGACAACAGGCUCAGCAGCUGCAGUGGAACAUCGCACAGAUCACCCAGCACAUGGCGGGCCUGAACGCAUACCACUCUAACAAUAUGAUGAGCUACAACAAUCAGCACAUGGGAGGAUCUGCGGCUCCGAGCUCGUCACACAUGACCGCACAUGUAUGGAAAUGAUCUGCUCCCAGACCACACAAACCAGGGAGUGACAUCACAGCAGGUGGAUAAAUUAACUGUGUGAAUCUAAGGACGAGACUCACCAUUGGACAUCACCAGAGGAGCAGUACCAGAGGUGGGGUGACCUCUCCUACCUCCUCCAAUCAACCUUUUCCGCCUCGUGGUUCUGCGUUUCUGGUCUGUCGAUAUUGUCUGCUAUGUUCUGCGAGAGUCAGUGCUUGCCUUUGAUUGUUUUGGGUUUUUUGUUGUUUUUUCAAAUGAACAAAACAAGCUGUAUUUUUGCACAUUGAUCAAGGAAUAUUUGCUUUGUUGUGAUUCAACUUCUGGAUGCAUACGAAUGAACUUGAGUGGAGAGUUGAUGCAGCCUAGCCUAGCUUAACCCUGCGUGUGCCUGAAGUGCAAGGUUGUUUUUUCUUUACAACAUGAUGCAAUAUAUAAUUUGUUGAAUGUUUUUACUGCAUGUUGUUCAGUCUAAGUUUUUAGCCUUGUGCUUUGCAUGAAUCCGUCUAUGCAGCAUUACACUGUUAUUUUUGCUGUAGCAAGUGUGUUUCAUAAGCAAUACUUUUUAGUUUAAUUCCUUUUUGAUUUAGUCUUUAUGUGUGUAAAGCACUUAUACAAUAGACAAUGCUUAGCUAGGUAAGGCUAAAUCCACGAAUCAUCAUGUAAUUUAUUAUAGUAAUUAAUGAAUGAUAAAUAUUCUAAAAGUACCGUGUUAUUAUUACUGCUUUUAUUUAUCUAGGUUUACCUGUAGAUCCACAUGUUGCAUUCUAUAAAGGAUCUAAAAGGGCUUGCUAAAGUUAUACCUUCACUCAUUAUCCAGCAGUGAAUUUGGCAUGACCAAAGAGGACUAUGUGUCCUGGUUUUGCAGUACUCACAAAUAUUUCUAAUUUUUAAGAGAUUAGUAUUAGUACAUUUUGCAUUGCAGCUCUUUACCUCUGACCAUAACCGCUCACACAGUUCAGUCACUGUGCUGCUUCCAUAAAGGGCCGGGCGCGUUGUUGAAAUGUAAAAUCUACCUGUGUAAAAUGGAGACCUCUUGCUCUGUUGAAUGUGUGUAUAGAUCAAACAGGGCAGAUGCAUAAAUGAGGUCUUUCUGUGAAUUGCAUGAAUGUAAAUACCAGUCUGACUGUGUCUCUGCAAUCUGGUUUUCUGACUAUCUUCUGAAUGUCUUUUCCUGUCGAGACCAACACUGACCAUAUCUUGAAUGUGUACGGCGUAAACUUGUGAUGCUGUCGUUGUUUUUUGAGGUUUCUGUAUGUCCUUUCACUUUGUAUUGAUUGAGUUUUUUAUCAAUAGCGUUUCCUGGUUAAUAUUAUUUCAUAUUUUAAUUAAAAAACAAAGUAUUUAUUUAUUGCUGCAGAUUAAUUGAGCCCAAAGACACUUUCUUAUGCGCUUGGGUCAAGUCCAAAAAUCUAGAUAUUUGGGCAAUAAUGCUUCAAUUACAAGUGUAUGCUAUACUUUAAGACAUGUAGUACAUCACACAACGAAUGUAUGUUUCUUUGUACUUUAUGACAGAAACUAGCGUCACUGGAUAUUUUAGCUUAAAUUGUUUCAAAAAAGUUCAUUUUCAAUUCUCUCACUUUCACUUGAGUACAUUAGUGGCAUAACUGUAUUAGUGAAAAAUAUUAAAAAUUACAAUAUUGAUUUG